UAACGCAAUUACGUCACUUCCUUCCUUUCGCCAAGAUGUCGCGUAGUCGGGAUGGAGCGAUCUACGUUGGGAGACUGUCGAAAGAUACCAGAACACGGGACUUAGAAGAGAUAUUUGAACCCUACGGCAGACUGCUACGAUGCGAUAUCAAAUAUGGAUCAGAAAUGGCAUAUGCGUUUAUUGACUUUGAAGACAGACGGGAUGCAGAGGACUGUGUUAAAUAUGAACAUGGUCGGGAAUUAAAUGGACAGAGUAUGAUUGUUGAAUGGGCCAAAGGAGGAAGAGAUAGGAGGCUGACCUAUGAUGAAUGUUUCCGCUGUCGACGAGUAGGCCAUUGGGCCCGGGACUGUCCAGAGCUGAGGUGGGGUCGACGUGGCGGAGGAGGUGGUGGUGGUGGUGGUGGUGGUGGUGGGGGCGGAGGUCGUUGGAGGUCCCCAUCCCCCAGAAGAAGGUCGAGAUCCAGAUCCCGGGACAGGAGACACAGGAGUCGCAGCCGCUCCAGGGACCGCAGACGCCGCAGCCGAUCCCGGGACCGCCGCCGCAGCAGGAGCGGCUCGGAUGACAGGAAGCGCGACAGGUCGAGCAGUGGAUCAAGGGAGCGCGACCGCAAGUCCCGCAGCGGAUCCAGGGACAGGAAGAGUGGCUCCCGGAGCAGGAAGGACAGUGGCUCUCGCAGCAAGCCCAGGUCCAGGUCCAAGUCCAAGUCCCCCCGCAGAUCUCGCUCUCCACGCACCUCCAAGUCACCAGGCAGAUCCAAGUCCCCGCGCAGAUCCAAAUCACCCCGCAGGUCCAAAUCACCACGCAGGUCAAAAUCACCCCGCAGGUCCAAGUCUCCCCGCAGGUCUAAGUCCCCACGCCGGUCGAAGUCGCCCCGCGCCUCCAAGUCCCCACGCCGGUCGCGGUCGGCCUCCAAGUCGAAGAGCCGCUCCAGAAGCCCGCGGGACCGGGAGGAGAAUGAAGAGAAGCAGAGGAACGGAGACUCUGCCGGCGACAAGCAGGAAGUGGAACAGUCUCGCAUGGACGACGAUGAUGGGGACAGGAGUGACCGGGAAAGGGAUCGGGACGCGGACAGAAAUGACGAGGAGGACGCACGGUCUGGGAGUGAGAGCAAGGACUGAGUUCAGAGCUGGUAUGUUGUGUUGCUGCGGGUGCUUGUUCUCAUUACACUUUCAAUGCAGGUUUUUUUUUUGUUUUUUUUUGUGGAUAAUUUGUAGCAAAGAACUUACAGAACUUACAUGGGUUUUAUGUAAAAAAGAAUAAAAAAAUUUUGAAAUGGGAGUUAUUGAAACAUUUUGGAAAAAGUUUUUAAAAAAAAGUCAGCAGUAUCUUUUGAAGUAAAGAGGAUGAGAAGUUACAAAAAUCAUAGCCUGAGAAACACACGACUGACCCAAGCAAGGGCAGAUGUGAGCGUUGUUUAGGCGGUAAGAUUGUGUUCAUUGAUUGUUUUUACUCUUGUUGUUGUGCUUAAGGUCUGGUUUGUUUUAUUAAGAUUUUCUUAACACUUGUAUAAUUACCAGUAGACUCCUCUUCAUGUUUAAGGGUGAGUGAGGAAGAUACAUCAACAGUGUAAUAUGGCAGCAUUCCCUCGUCCCCUCCUUCCUUUCACUCUGCCUCUUUUGUCUCUCCCGAUAUUGAUUGCUCAGAUGCUGGCUGUACAUUGAAGCUCUGUGGGGUGGCUGGUCGCAAGGUCUUGAAGAUUUGGCACAAAAAACACAAAUGAUCAAAGCCAAAUGUAACUUGCUGGAUGACUUUGGGCUGAAGGGGCAUUGUUGUAUCCAUCUCUUGUGCUUCGCCCGCACCCCCAUCCCCCUGCUACAGAAACGAUGAAGGGCUGGUGUAUCCGUAGGAACUUAUUGUUGAGCAGAAUUGCAUGGACUUGUCCUGAACUGUAUGAAGUGUGUAGUACACACUGCUCUGUGUCACUUUGUUCGAGGGGGGAAAUUGUUUUAUCGUAAGUGGAUGCAGGUUCCAAAGUUGAAUUUGAUAUACAUAUGUGCUGGUGUUUGCAUGUAUAUUCCUGCUGGUUAGAGGUUACUGGCUUUUGUUUUACUGUUUGGUUUGUAUGGCUGAGUGAUGACUUCCAAUGCUUUCUCUCCCCUUUGUAGGCCUACUACUAUGUGCGUGUCAGGACACGGUGGAAUCAGGUGCUUGUCAAGUUUUGGGCAUGUGAAGUUGUUAGUAUUAUCUUGAAGCUUGUUCAUUUUUCUUGCUUGUGGGGGAAAAAAAAUUCUCAUCUAUUUUUGAUACAAGUCGAGAUGUUUGCGACGAGAUGUUCGCGAUUGAAGCAAGUGGGCUUUGCUAGUUUCAGAGGUAAAAUCAAUGAGGAAGUGGCAGCCAGUUUGGUGACUUCCAUUUUUUUAACGUUCUUAGAAACUGAUAAUUUAUAUUUUUUUGGCGCCACACGAAAAUGCGUUUCUAAAUAGCGCCGCCCCCGCCCCUAAAAUGAUAAAAAUUUCCCAAUGGGAGGGGGGGGAUAUUGGGUAUGUUUUGUUAUUUAUUUUGAUGAGCACCUGAUUUUACCAUGAUGUGACACGUGUAGAUUAUCAUUACAUGUACCCGAAAGAACAUUUGCGCAGGGCAGCUUUUUCCAUUUUCCCACAUUCUUCUUCUACUGAUGAAAUGCAGAACUCAGUACGCCAACAUGUAUGGGGUGAACGGCAUGGAUUGUGUGGUUUGUAACCUCAUUUUUUGUGGAUUUCCGUGUCAAGUGUUCAAUGUCUUGCAAUGAAAGUUUCUCCUUUUUAUUUUUUUUACUUCAGUGUGUUUUAGCUUUCAAGAUUUGAGUUGCUCUGCAUUGUUCCCCUUCAAAGAAAAAAAGGUUGUUUGAUUUUAUUGCACAUUAUGAGUAAAGCCAAACUUCUCUCAUCCAUGUUGCAUACUGCCUUUUGUACAAUGGUAAUCAGAUGUUUAUUGAUUGAUGUAGAAGUUGCGUAAUAAAAGUUAUCAAUGUCAAUA